AUGGAGGUGCUCACGCGACCUGCGGGAUCUCUGCAGAGCGAACUACGCGUCAUUUCCGAUUCGUCAAUGACCAUGACUCUACCUUUACCAUCAUCAUUUCUUCGGACGCGUGGUAAACCAUCUACUACUACAAUCCAGUCCACCAUUGAUGUCGAAAAUACUGUCACAUCAGUAGACAAGUCUUGGGAGGAGCGUGAUUGGGAAACUGCAGAUAUAUCAUUAGUAAAUGCAUCAGAAAUCGACCAAAAUGGCGACGAAUGGGAGGAAGAGACAACGCCUGACCUACCUGAUCAUUUCCCAAGACUAAUUGUUAACCUUACAAAAGUGCAGCGUCACCAUUUUCCUGCGUCCAAAGAGGAGGAGAAUACAUCAGAUAUAAUGGAAGUUUUUCACCGCGUCAAAAAUGCAUUGCAGCAACAUUUCACCCAAUUGGCUGAAGGGCUUUUUGAACAGAAGUUGUGUUUUCAUUGUACAUACGGCACCACACGGACGAUGCUGAACAAUCUACAUACGGUGUACCCGGACGAUACGUUUGCUAUGAUAGACUAUCCGUUAGAAAUUGAUUCGAUUCCACUGCGCGAGUAUCUUCAUAUAUUGUUUUAUCCGUCCAAAUGGAAGAGUGUCGAGUACUUAAAAGAUUGUUUGCGGCAAUGUUCUCGAGAUAUAAAGUGGAAAAGAGAUGUGAUUCUCGAGCUGGAAUUGCUCGCAGAAAGUGAAUUUUUGCAAUAUGAAGAAAAGCUGCAUCGACUUAGUGAUGAAAUUGACGAGCUCACUCGCUUACGCGAUUCAUUUCGUGAAAAACUCGUCAAAUUGACGAAACCAGGAAGUAAGGCAAAUAAUCAAUGCAUGAUGCUUCGAAGAUUGGAGGAUAUUGAAUUACGGUUGGUGACAUUAUUGAAUGAGUAUUUAAAAGAGCCUGAAUUAGAAGAGACGGAGUAUCAUAACGCGUGUGGCAAUCCAGGUGGUGAGGGUGGCAUUCAAGCGGGCAUGAAUGUACUGGACAUGGUUAUCGCCAUGAUAUUUUGUCGCCUUCCUCGUGAUUUCUGUCAGCACAUGACCGCAGAAGACCAUUUUCAGAUGCUUUUUGAUUACCAUAUACAUAUUCUACGCCUAUGGAAAAAGGACUUUGGACGUCUUCCUCCGCAUACUCGAGCUGCACCAAAGCAUCUUGAUUGUUCAGAUUCAGACUUUGCUCAAAAGGAGUGCCAAGAGCAAGUUGUUCCAGACGAAUCCGAUCAGAGUCUUGAAGAGCAGACUGAGGCGUUUUCUUCCUUUUGCCGAGUUGACGAUGAUAAAAUCUCGGAUGAUAGUACAUCUGUUAGAACAGAGGAUGAUUGGGAAUGUGUGAAUUUCAAAGAAAAUGAUAAUUGCUCUGAAAAGCGGCAUGAAGAUGACGUUUCCGACCAUGUUGAUUUGGAUGGGUAUGGUGCCGAUUAUGAUAGCAAUGAUAGCGAAGACGAGCGCACUACAGAGCAAGUUCAAUUUACUGAGCAAUCAAAGAGUAAAGAAGUAGUAAAAGUCUCUACUCGGUCACACCGGAGACACAUCAAGCGUACAAGUAAGCGCUCAAAGCAACGACGAAAAGUGAAUUCAGAACGACACAGUAGUAAGCAAGAACAUGGAGAAGUGUCAUUUGAACCAUUUGCUUGUAUUGGGGCAUCUUCGUGA